AUGAGCCAUAUCAAAGCACCACCUCAAGACUGGGACGUGAGAACAAAAUUGUUGAUUGGCGAGGACAACUAUAAAACAAUUCAGACAACACGGUUUCUGUUAAUUGGAAACCACCCGUCACUCUCGUUUGUCUCGGAAUACUUAAUUCGGGCUGGUUCUUUGAACCUCCGGAUGUAUUACCCCGAGAUGAAUAAAGAUGACAGUGUCUCCCUUCACGCGUUCAACAAUGGAGAAAAUGAAAUUACCCAGCUGAAAGCACUUAACCCCACUGCUUGUAUUGAGUUGUGUGAAAAACCCUACGACCAAAUAUUACUCAGGGGGUUUGCUGCGGACCGUGAUGUUGUUAUUGUCGCUUGCGGCGAUAUACAGAGUGACGUUAUGGCGAUUUCAGUGUGUGCGGAAUUGAAGAAAAAGGUCUUUGCGAUCAUUGGGGGUAACGGCA